UCAAAAAUGUCUUAUCGAUUAUCAAUUGUCAUCUGAGUUGUCCACCAAAAAACAAAACAAAACAACAGUGUCUUUCAAAUUUUGCCUCAAAGACAACACAGAUCAGCAAUGGGUGAUAAUAGCGUCGACAACGACAACAAUCUCAGGACAACAACAACAACGACGACAACAAAAGCCGAUUGCCGUACAACAGCUGUUGUGGUGGCAACCAAUGGACACACAAAUGAAGAGUUUGUUGCGGUCGCCGUCGCCGACAACAACGACAAGAUUGUCGUCAAUGGAAACGGUGUGUCCAACAAUUCAAUAGCCGUCGGCCGCAAGAUAUCGAUUAAGUCAAACAAGAGUCAAACAAGUGAUAAGUCGAUGGUGUCGUCGACGACAACAACAACGGCCAGUAGUAGUGAUGGUCACAGCAGUAUUGGACAGACGGCUACUAAAAGAGACCGAAAUCGAUGGUCAAUCGAGAGAUCAAAUUACGUGAAUCUCAUGAAACUGAUUGUCAAAGAACUGAUCGAAAGUUCAGCGAAAACCAGGCGUAUCGUUGACUCGACAAACAUCUCAUUAAAUAAUUUAUUCAUUUUAUUGGAGAUAAUUUUCAGACACGGACUCAAAUCUAAAAAAGGUAUUUUCGAGACCAAAAAGGACAUUUGGGCCAUCAUUGAGAUCGUCGAAAAGUUAUCGCCCGAUGCCUCAGAUAUUACUACCAGUGCCCGACAGGUUCCGACUGUUAGGACUUCAUUGGGCAAAGCGAGAGCUUGGAUGCGAUUGGCGUUAAUGAAGAAACGAUUGUCCGAUUAUUUUCGACUUCUACUGGAAAAUCGGGAAAUCUUAUUGAAUGAUUACUAUGAAGACAUGUCGAUAAUGAUGUCCGACGAGGCAGUUGUCAUCGGCGGACUACUUGUCGGACUCAAUAUUCUUGAUUGCAAUUUUUGUGUCAAAGAAGACGACUUGGAUUCAAACGACGCUGUUAUCGAUUUGUCUUUGUAUUUGAAAGAUAACAUACAAUUUGAUACUUCAGAUUAUGAUUGGAGAGAACAGAACCACGAAAAUGACAAAUGCAAUGGUGUCGGAGAUAAUAUAUCAAUAGUUUUGGACCAAAAAAAUUAUGUCGAAGAACUUAACAAACAUUUAAGCGCAACGGUUGUCAACUUAGAGCACAAAUUAGAAACACUUCAAACAGAUAAUACAUUGAUGAAAGAAGAGUUGGAAACGUUAAGAAAUAUUGACAAAUGCUAUGAUAUUGUUAAGUCAUCGGAAGUCGAAACUAUUAACAAAUACAAAGAAGAAGUAUCACAGUUAGAGGAACAGCUUAAACAAGAAGUUCAAAAACGAGAAACUGUUGAAAAAGAAUUGGAAAGUCAAGUGUUUCUGAAGACAGAAGCGGAAACAGCGAUGCAAUUGUUGGAAAGGGAUGUUCUAGAAAAACAAGACACAGUUAUUACACUUCGUAGACAACUAGAAGAUGUCAAAGCAAUCAAUCUUCAGAUGUAUAAUAAACUGCAAGAGUGCGAGACAUCCAUUAAAAACAAAUGCAAUCAUAUCACACAUCUCGAACAGAAUAUCUCAUCGAUGGCUACAAAUGUUUCUAAACUCGAGGCCAAAAUCUCUUCAUAUGAAAAACAACGACAAAAUGCUGAGGAAAGCAAUCAAAAACUUAACGAAAAGCUAACAGAUGUUGAAAGCCAAAGAAUAUCAUCCGAAAGGGAUGCCAUCAUAGAGAAGGAAUGGCGAACCACUCUUCAAACGUUGAUCGAUGAACAACAGGAACAGAUUACUUCAUUGCAACAUCAGAUGGAAAACAUGAGACGAACUUCAAGCGAAGCCAAUCAUACAAAAAGCGAAAAUCAUGUGCUGAAGAAACGAAUUGCCGACUAUGAACUGUCGUUAGAGGAAAUGGGAAGACAAUUGCAAGACUCCAAACUUGAAGUGGACGGCCUUAAAGAGAGCACCGGUAAACUGAAAGAAGCCGUUUGGACUGAUGAUAAAAACAGUGCCGAUUGUCAUCAAUGUUCAAAACCGUUUUCAAUUGCUAGAAGAAGGCAUCACUGUCGAAGUUGUGGCGAAAUAUUUUGCGGCAAUUGUUCCAACAAUGAAAUGCCUCUUCCGUCCAACAAAAAGCCGGUCAGAGUUUGCGAUUCGUGUCACGCUUUUCUUCUCGAACGAUAUUCGGCCACUUAAGAGACAAUUAUUUUAUUAUUAAUGAAUUUAUAUAAAUUAUACAAAUUAUUGAGAGAGAGAGA